AUGGUCAGUAGUGAACUGAGCGACGAAGUUUACUCUGAUAAAAGCUACGACAAUGAACACGCUGAUGUACAUGUAGAUAAUGCUGAGGCUAAAACCAGUGAUCGUCCAGACCCGACAUCUGACCCUACUAAGCCUACUGGGAAGCCUACGACUCGCCAUCCUAGGCCAACUCACAAGCCUAGGACUCACCGUCCUUGGCCAACCCAUAAGCCUACGGAAGGACCUUUUAAGCCUACCGGUCAUCAUACUAAGCCUACCGGUCAUCAUACUAAGCCUACCCACGAGACUACCAAACACGAUCAUACCAAGACCACUCGUCCUCAUAAAAGCUCUACUGUAACACCAAUUACAAGCCGAACCAUUUUUGCUGAGAAUUUGGAAAAGCGUACUUCUGAAUCUUCUCAUAGGCCUACAACAGAUGGUUUUACUCACCGAACCCACACUAGACAUUACCCUACUAGACCUACUCAUAACCCUACUGAAGAUCCGUUUAAACCAACUCAUAAGCCUACUACUGAUCCUACUAAGCCAACUCGUAAGCCCAGAACUCAUCGUCCAUGGCCUACUCAUAAGCCUACUGAAGACCCAUUUAAGCCUACGCAUAAGCCUACUACUGAUCCCACCAAGCCAACUCGUAAGCCUAUAACCCACCGUCCAUGGCCUACUCAUAAGCCUACUGAAGACCCACUGUUACCCACACAUAAGCCUACCAAACGCCACCAUACCAAAACCACCCGCCAUCAUGAGCGCUCAACUACUGUAACUCCUCGUUCUUCUACCCAUUUCAAGCCUAUUACUGGUCGUGAAUAA